AAAUUACAAUAUACAACCAACACAACAUAAACAUAUUCCACAAAUUAUCAUGGCAGCCUCUCAUUUCAUCAUCACCACAUCUCUUUUUACUGUUUCUCUCUUUUUAAUUUCCUCCCUUUAAAACUCCCAUCUUCUUUUUUCACACACACACACACUCACCUUUCUCUUUCCACACACUAUUAUAUAUAUAUACAUACAUAUAUGAUGGCCGAGGGAUUCGGACAAUAUCAUGUCCCACAACAAAGCAGAAGAGAUAAGCUGAGAGUUAGCAACCAACCAGUGUGCAUAGAUGCAUCAGCUUUAAUCCCCUUCUACGAUCCGUCGCUAAUCUCUUCUGAUUUGAUCAACCCUGCUAACCUACACCGCCAAAGUUACAGUCUUGGCCAUAACAGCGGCGGCGGCGGCGGCGGCGGCGCCGGAGUUAAAGAAGAGGGCAUGAAUCUGAUGGGUUUUCUUGGUGGAAUGAACAUAAAUCAUAUGUACUCGGAUCCACAGUUGUCGGUACAGUUAAACCCUAGCUCUAUCCAAGACAUCACCUGCAACCCACCACCACCACCACCUUGCCCGUACGCCGCCGCUGCGCCGCCCCACUAUUACAGCUUCCACGGAAACCAAACAGCCACCCAUCAUCAAGAAUUGCCCAACAGCACUACUAACGGCAACGGCCAGAGCUUGUCCUUAUCUUUGUCCUCGCACCACCACCACCACCAACAUCUACCCCUGGAGCUGAAUCUGCAGCAGAGAUACGACGAUUCUUCCUCAUCUCCGACGAUGUUCGGAGAAAAUAAAGUUAGUGGUGACGACGGAGGAGCAACGCCGUACGUAGUCAGCAAGCUGCAGGGUGGUUCUUUCACCUCAAUUGAUCAACUGUCGAAAAGUUUUGUGCCUUUAGGGCCCUUCACCGGUUACGCUUCUGUGUUGAAGGGAUCAAGAUUUCUGAAACCCGCGCAGCAAUUGAUGGAAGAGCUUUGCGAUGCCGGCCGGGUUUUUUAUUCCGACAAAUCGGUUUUCUCGGACAACCCUCCUCCGUUGGAGGCCUCCCCCGGUUUCGGUGACAGCACUACUUGUGUCGUUGUCGAUGAUAAUUGCAGCGAUGGGAGUGAGCAAACUCGGAAGAAAUCGAGGUUACUUUCGAUGCUCGACGAGGUUUAUAAGAGGUACAAGCAGUAUUACCAGCAAAUGCAAGCUGCCGUAGCAGCAUUCGAAUCGGUAGCUGGACUAAGCACAGCAAGCCCGUUUGCCAAUUUGGCGUUAAAGGCCUUAUCGAAACAUUUCAGAUGUUUGAAGAACGCAAUUACCGAUCAACUCCAGUUCACAUCUUCCAAAUCACACGGUGGCAAAUCGAACUACGAGAGGGAGGACACUACUCAAAGACCGGAAAAUUCCGGUAGGGGUAGUUUCGUCCAAAGACCAUUUCACCUCGAUCAAACUACUGUAUGGCGUCCUCAGAGAGGACUCCCCGAGCAUGCUGUUACUGUCCUCCGUGCCUGGCUGUUCGAACACUUUCUCCAUCCUUAUCCAACCGACACCGACAAACUAAUGUUGGCAAAGCAAACAGGCCUUUCGAGGAAUCAGGUUUCGAACUGGUUUAUAAACGCAAGAGUAAGGCUUUGGAAACCGAUGGUGGAGGAAAUACACACGCUCGAAACUCAUCAGGGCACCCAAAAGCCUAAUAAUAAUAAUAAUAAUAAUAAUAAUAAUAAUAAUAAUAAUAAUAAUAAUAAUAAUAAUAAUUCCCAAAGAGAGGAUCAACAACAACAAACAUCCAACAAUCUGAACGACCGUCACUUGAUGAAUAUGCCUACAAUCGACGAGUGUGAAAACGCAUCCACCUCGGUACAGAGAAUCGGGGAGUUCAGUUUGAAACGUACUCGAGAUACGGGCCCCGCUGAAGCCCGUCAAGGAAACGAGGCGGGCCCGAUCAGAUCAGUUCCAUAUGGCAGCAAUCUAGUAAUGCACAAUUCUUCUUCUCAUCACCUGCAUGUUGCUGGCGGUGGUGGUGUUUCGUUGACGUUAGGACUUCAUCAGAAUGGAGUGGGAUUGGGGGAAUCAUACCCUAUGCAUGCGGCGCGUCGAUUUGGGCUGGACUUGCAUGGGGACGGAUAUCAGGUGAGAGGAUUUGCAGCGCAAAAUCGACAGUUUGGGAGGGAUGUUAUGGAUGGACAGAUGAUGCAUGAUUUUGUUGGCUGAGCAUACUCUCUCUCUCUCUCUAUAGCUAUAGCCUAUAUAUAUAUAUAUAUUUAUGGUCAUUGUGCAAUUAAUGUUUAUUAUUUGAAAUUAUUGAACUUUUUGUUGGUGGCAGGUAAUGUAAAAAUUGGUACCCUUCUGCAAUGAAUAUUGUAUCAUCUUCCUUGGCAUUAUUAAUUUGUACUUUAAUUGAUUAA